AUGUCUGCAGAUCAUACGAGAGACCCAUGCCCCAUUGUGAUUUUGAAUGAUUUUGGAGGUGCAUUUGCCAUGGGUGCCAUUGGUGGAUGUGUAUGGCACGGUAUCAAAGGUUUUAGAAACUCACCUCUGGGAGAAAGGGGAUAUGGUGCUAUUUCUGCGAUAAAAGCCAGAGCACCAGUUGUUGGUGGUAAUUUUGGUGUUUGGGGUGGAUUAUUCUCAACCUUUGACUGUACGGUGAAGGCUGUGCGUAAGAGGGAAGAUGCUUGGAAUGCCGUGAUUGCCGGUUUUUUUACAGGUGGUGCUUUGGCUAUCAGAGGUGGAUGGAAACAUACAAGAAACUCCGCCAUUACAUGUGCAUGUCUCUUGGGUGUGUUUGAAGGUGUGGGUAUGAUGAUGCAGAGAUUGCAAGCACAACCUGCCAUGGCUCCUGUAUACCCAGAAGAACCAACCAAGCUCGCUGCUUAA